AGUGAUGAUGAAAAUGGUAUAGGAAGGAGGAUUAGGAUGCAGUUGGCUGCUACUUUGAUCAGACCACAGGCAGCAGCAGCAUUUAUUGAAUGAUCUCCAUUUCCAUUUCAUUUAAUACAAACACAACCUUCCUUCCUUUCUUCUUCAACCAAAAAAGAAAAGCUGUAGCAUUGUCAGUUUUGGCGUGCAUAACUUAGCAACGUGCUUCCGUGGCCUAAGGUGCACACCCCAGAAAUUGAAUGGUGUGCUACUAACUUUCUCACCCAAAUUUAAAGACCAAAAUGCAUUAGGAAAGUCCAUCAAAAGUGCCAAAAUAGAAAAAGCAGUAAACUUGAAGGAGGAGAAGUAGUAACAUGAGAGAAUGAACUUGUUUUUGUGCUGAAAGUUGAAACUUCUUCAAGUUGCAGGUUUUCAAACUUCAACGGUAAAGAAAAAAGGCGAAAAUAUAUAUAUAAGCAUUAUAGAUAUUGAUAUCCACAUGUUGGAUAUGGAACUUGGGGUUUUUUAAGCCACUAGAGAGGUCUUGGUGGUGUGAAUCUUUAUUAGGAUUUAAAAACAAAGAAACAGUGUAAUCAGAAAGUGGAAGAUAAAGAAAUAUGGGAAAGUGAGGUGGAGUCAGAUUUGUGUGUGGUGUGUCUCUGGUUUGAGAAUUGUUUAGUGUUACUUCUCUGUUGGCUAUGUCCCCUGAGCUGACUCGGUGCGCCCGGGCUCCGUGGGCUUUGCCGUCGACCAAGGAAACAAUCUGUUGUUGGGGUCUCUUCCCAUUUAAGAGAACCUUUGCUUAAAAAAUUGGACAAUCCCAUCUAGUCCAAUUUCUCUUUCUCUCUCUUAUUCAGCUUCUUCUGCCUUGUUUGCUGUCAAGAUUUGUUCAUACUCUGCAGUAUUUAAACUUGCUUCUCUAGAAGCCUUUCUUUCCUCUCUUAAAGCCUAGAAAUUUGCAUACAUUGAGGUGAGAAUUGGUCCUCACAGCUGGGGUCAUUUUCUCUUUUCAUUUCUGGGAAAUUUUGUAACACUCAGGAUACUAUUUAUGUAGCUGAGAGUAAGCAGAUCUUAUAUUGUCAAGAUGAAGUUUAUGAAACUUGGUUCCAAGCCAGAUACCUUUCAGACUGAUGGGAACAAUGCGAGGUAUGUGGCAAGUGAGUUAUCAUCAGAUAUAAUUGUCAGUAUAGGGGAUAUAAAGUUCUACUUACACAAGUUUCCUCUUAUAUCAAAGAGUUCUCACUUGCAGAAGUUGAUCUCUCUCAGUAAUGAAGAAAACAUGGAUGAAGUUCACAUUCCUGACAUUCCUGGUGGCGCAAGUGCCUUUGAGACAUGUGCUAAGUUUUGCUAUGGCAUGACAGUUACACUCAAUGCAUACAAUGUAAUUGCAACUCGAUGUGCUGCAGAGUAUCUUGGAAUGCAUGAGACCAUUGAGAAAGGGAACCUUAUUUACAAGAUUGAUGUUUUCCUUAGCUCUAGCAUUUUCCGUAGUUGGAAGGAUUCGAUCAUCCUUCUUCAGGCUUCAAAGUCCAUGCUACCCCUGGCUGAGGAUCUAAAGGUGGUGAGCCAUUGCAUUGAGUCUAUAGCAAAUAAGGCAUGUGUUGAUGUAUCCAAAGUUGACUGGUCCUACUCCUAUAACCGGAAAAAGCUUCCAGAGGAAAACGGGGCUGAGACAAACCAGAAUGAAGUCAGAACUCGAAAAGUGCCGAGAGAUUGGUGGGUUGAAGAUUUAUGUGAGCUUGAAGUUGAUUUGUACAAGUCUGUAAUUACAAAUAUUAAAACCAAGGAAGUUCAAUCCAAUGAUGUAGUUGGCGAAGCUUUGAAAGCUUAUGCUUACAGAAGAUUGCCGAAUUUCAGCAAGGGUAUGAUCCGGUGUGGGGAUGCGUCAAAGCAUCGCUUGAUAGUUGAAACUAUUGUGUGGUUGUUGCCUGCUGAGAAAGGCAGUGUUUCUUGUAGGUUCUUGCUCAAGUUAUUGAAAGCUGCCAUUUUUGUAGAAUCAGGAGAUAGGACUAAAGAAGAGCUUGUAAAGAGAAUAGGGCAGCAACUAGAGGAGGCUUCUGUGAGUGAUAUUUUGAUUCAAGGAUCAGAUGGAGAGGCUACUAUCUAUGAUGUUAGUAUAGUAUAUAAAAUUGUAAGGGAGUUUGUUAUGAAGGAUCACAAUGCUGAGAUUGAAUCAGUUGUAGAUGGUGAACCUGAGGGGAUAAGAAAGCCAGGGAUUUUAUCAGAUGCUUCCAAGCUGAUGGUUGCGAAACUCAUAGAUGCAUACCUUGCCGAAAUUGCAAAGGAUCACAAUUUACAUUUGUCAGAUUUUGUUAAUCUUGCUGAGUUGGUGUCCAGCACCUCUCGUCCUAACCACGAUGGCCUUUACAGGGCUAUUGACACAUAUCUGAAGGAGCACCCUGGGAUCAGCAAAGGUGAAAAGAAGAGGAUAUGCAAUCUGAUGGACUGCAAAAAGCUAUCGGUUGACGCGUGCUUGCACGCUGUGCAAAAUGAGAGGCUACCAUUACGGGUAGUCGUGCAGGUACUAUAUUUUGAGCAGUUGAGGACUGCUGCAUCCUCAGGUACUAGCACUCCUGACAUACCUAAAGGAAUGAAAGAUUUGAGCAAUGGAUCCAAUGGUAGCUCAAGGUCAGGGACAACUAACCCAGAUGAUGACUUGGAUGCUGCAUCCAAAGCGGAGGAGCUGAAGGCAUUAAGAAAGGAACUUGCAUCGUUGAGACUGAGUAAUGGAGUUAAAGAUGGAGAUAGCAGCAAACCCAGCAUGGACAAGGCUGUGAUUGGCAAGAUGAAAGGGUUGCUCAAGUCAAAGAAGUCAUUCAUAAAGCUCUGGGCUAGCAAAGGGGGACAAGGGGAGAACAGUGGCUCAGACUCAUCAGAGAGUAUUGGUUCUGCUAACCCAGAAGAAGCCAAAUCUACCCCUUCCAGAAAUAGGAGGCACUCAGUUUCAUGAAACUAGUUGGUCCAUUUUCUUGGCUUAUCUUUUAUUGUUUCUUUUUUGUUAGUUUCUCUAUGACAAGACCCCAACACUAGUGAUAUCUAGUUUAAGAUAGCAGAAUUGUGAAGAAUGGAAAUCAUGUGAUCCUUGGCAUCUACUAUCCUAUCAUUGUUAUUAAAAAGGCCUUAUGCACUUCAUUGAAA